GUCGUUUCUCGACGUGACUUCACUGUCGAAAGCUUGCUCAUGGAACCACGUAGCACAAAGGCUUGCAGCAGUGCACGAGCACUGGCACCUGUUCGUGCUUCAGUUCUUCGGCGUCUACUAUGACGAUUACAUGCGCUUCGUGGAGGUGUGGGACGACGGCAGAUGGCGGCGACUCUUUGUCUACAUUCGACAGGUCCACCACAACGUGGACCAGCAGAAUGCCAUGAAAAGGUUAGUUGUACUCGUUUGGUUCAUUCUGAAGGAACCUCUGAUCAAGCCUACCGUGGCCUUCGAUGGUGCCUACCUCAUGAUCUUUGCCGAUGCACCGAAGUUCACAUCUCCAGCUGCUCAACGGUCGAUGCUGACUACGGAGCUUGGACUGAAGGUGCUCACGGAUCGUCUGGAGUUCGCGGCCAGACAAGGAGGUGUCGUCGGCGUCUCACAGUGGAUAAACAGGAGCAUGCAUCUUGAAAGGCAUGCUCGGCGAAAGCGUUAUCGCGGCAGCCACAAGCCCCGGUUGUACGAGAGAAUAGGGAAGAUCUUCCUUGGUCCAACAGACUCCGUCGUUACCAAGGUUUGGAGGUUGCAGACAACUGCUGAGUCCCUAAAAAUGUUUUUGCAUCUCAGACCUCCGGAUUGCCUCGUGUAG